AUGAAGCCCGUCGUUGACGGCAAACCUGUGGGUUACGAGAGCGCUAGCAAGGUGGAGGUGAAUCUAGCGCAGACUGGAGGGCAAGACAGAGGCGAGGCCCCGGAGAUGAAUGCACCGUUGCGGCCUGGUGUUGAAAGUGGGGCGAGCGCUAUCGAGGUGGAGGGAAGUCUAGCGCAGACUGAGGGGCAAGAGAAAGGCGAGGCACCAGCGAUGAAUGCACCGAUGCCGCCUGGUGAGGUCGAAGCUGGGGCGGAGACAAGCGAGGAAAGCGAUGAGUUGGACUUGUAUUCUGUGAUGAGGCAGGCAAGAGCCGAUCGCGUCGUUGAGUUUUCUCGACGGAACAAAGCGAUCGAUACAACUGGUCGGCCUUGGGCCGAAGUUGUUCCCGACCGUGAUUACCCAUACAGGCCCAAGGACUUUAUUCCACCAGGGCCCCUGGGCCUGAAGCGAAAGAAGGCCAGCCGAAAAGAAUUGUCCUUCUUCUCGGAAAUAUUUGACCGAGCCUGUGUCAGGUACCUGGUCCGCUGCACGAAUAAGUAUGACCGGGAGAGACGAAGAGCCCACCCGGCAGAAAAACGCUCACGUUGGAAACCCACCAACUCAACCGAGUUGAAGGCGUUUUUGGGUUGUAUGAUCGUGGCUGGCUACGUACACCUACCGAACCUUGCGUUCUAUUGGGGCGUUGACGAAGACUGUGGCUGUUGGUUGAUAAAGAGGACUUUUCCCUUUCACCGCUUUUGCCAGAUCCUUCGUUACCUUCACUACUCACCAGAAGGGUACUGUCCACCUGGCAGCCAGCGGCUGGAAGAUUUCAAAGCGAUGGAGAGGCUGGAUAGGGUUUCGAAAGUGCGUCAAGUCAUGGAGCGAGUCAACGCGAAUAGUAGGUCCGCUUGCCACGUCGGGGAACACCUCGUAGUUGACGAGGCGAUGGUGGCUUUCCGCGGUAGACAUGGCCUCCGCCAGUACAACCCUUCGAAACCUACUAAGUAUGGGUAUUGUGUGCGUGUUCUUGCUGAAGCCGAUGGCUAUAUCCUGGCCGACGAAGUGUCGGGGGCAAGGGCGGAUCCAGAGGACAUGUCAGCGUACCAAAGAGCCAUGCACGGCGUUGGCGACGACCAAGUCAGCCCUCUGGAUCUGAAGCCGGCUCGCAUCGUACACAGGCUGACGUUGCCGUUCCAAGGACGCUAUCGCAUUGUUUUCUGUGACUCUUACUACACAGACGCCCAGCUGGCAGACCAUCUUUUUGCGAAGGACACGUACUUGGUGGGGACGGUGAGAAGGAAUGCGGCAAGCCUACCGACUCUACGGCACCCCAUUCCGCCGAGAAGCAAUCGUGGCCGCCCGCCGACACAGAGCUUCCGUGACCCAUUUCCUAAGCUGAACGUGCCGAGAGGUUACUCCGUCCGGUACCACGAUGGGCCUCUUACGGCGGUGAAGUGGAAAGACACCAAGACGCUCAUCCUCUUAUUGACGGGGACAAGUGUCGGUGCUCCCGAUGUACAAGUUACCAGGCGAUCGAAAGGUCCUGGAGGAGGAGCUAUCCGUCAGCAGGUGCCAUGUCCAGCGAUGGUGGACUUGUACAAUCGCCACUACAAGGCGGUUGACAAGGCGGACCAGCUAAGGUCUUCCUACGAAUUUGGGCGCCCGUCGAAGAAAUGGCAUAGGCAACUGUUUUGGUAUGUGCUGAAUAAAGCAGUGGUGAAUGCAUACCUAAACUGGGACGCCUACACGUCCGAAAGGAGCCGCAAGAACAAGGAGAACAUUCCCGUCCACAAAACUACCCAGCUGAGUUUUCGCCGAGCGUUGGUGCGGCAGCUAGUGGGGAAUUUCUCGGCCAGACGCAAAGCACCUGCUGGGAACCCGCCCGUCGUCCACCCUGUGAUAGAACCAGUCAUCGUUGAACACGAGCACGUUCGCCGAGGGAAGCCGACGCGAGCCUGCCGCUACUGCGCCAAAGCCCGCCGGCAUAUGACUGGAGCGAAUCGUCCGAGACCGCACGAGACCAUCUACGAAUGCAGCACCUGCAACGUUUCCGUCUGCCGAGUGUCUCUUCGCCCAGUGUGCUGGCGUGAACACUUAGAUGAAAUGCGGCAGCAGGUUUCAUAG